AUGGGUGUCGUCGAAGAAGUAUUUGCCAGGAUCUCCUGGAAGUCCCUUUUGCUAGUUGCCUUCGCCUAUCUCAUAAUAAAUAUUCUUCGCAAGCGCUUCAAUGAGGAGCGCCGCCUCCGCAACACCGGUGGCGUGCGAGCGCCCGAAUACUCUGGAAAGCUGCCCCUAAACAUCGACCUGAUCAUUGACAAGAUAAAGGCCUCCGCCAACCAUACGAACCACUUACUCUGGGAGAACAUGUUCGCGAGACUGAAUAAUCACACCGUCGAGGUCAACAUCAUUGGGAAGCGGAUUAUUUUCACCGACGACCCAGAGAACAUUCAGGCUAUUCUAGCCAAGCAAUUCCGAGACUAUGGGAAGGGCGAGCCCUUUCGACGCGAGUUCGAGCCAUUUUUGGGGGAUAGUAUAUUCACCACGGAUGGUGCUGAGUGGCACGCAAGCCGCCAGCUGAUUCGCCCGCAGUUUAUAAAGGAUCGUGUGUCCGAUUUGCACACCUUCGAAGGACAUCUACAGACUUUGUUCACCGUUAUGUCUGUCGGCGGGGACGCCGCGGCGGCGGGUGCCGUAAUUGCUGCAAGGGAGCAGGGCAGCACUGCGAAAUACUCGGCCAGUGGGCUUGUUAUAGAUAUGAACGAUCUAUUAUUCCGUUAUACACUGGACGUGGCCACAGACUUUUUGCUUGGUCAAGAUACAAAGUCUUUAACUAUACCCCAGCAAGGGUUCGCCGAAGCGUUCGCUGAAGUCCAACGCGUGCAAAGCCAGAUCAACCGCGCCGGCCCUGCCAAACGAUUCGUUCCACGAGACUCUUACAACAAUGGACUCCGCGUUAUCAAUGAGUUUAUUAAUCCAUUUAUCGAACACGCCCUAGAAAUAUCACCUGAGGAGCUUGAGCAGACGAUUUCCGACAACAAUGAAGGAGGAACUGGCCGUUACACCUUCCUGCACGCCUUGGCUCAGUUCACUCGCGACCGGAAAGUUCUACGGGACCAGCUUGUAGCCGUUUUACUUGCUGGUCGUGACACAACAGCAAGUACUCUAUCAUUUGCCAUUUAUGAGCUAAGUAAGAAGCCAAAAUGCGUGCAACGCCUCCGGGACGAGAUUGCCCAACACGUCGGCCUAGAGAGCGACGCUACGUGUAGGAACCCAUCUUACGCCGACCUUAAAGAUAUGAAGUACCUUAAAUAUGUCCUAAAUGAGACACUACGAAUGUACCCCGCUAUUCCGUAUAAUGUGCGGAUGGCCUUCCAUGACACGACGUUACCGCGUGGCGGAGGUCCUGAUGGCAAUCAGCCCGUGGCCAUUGCCAAGAAUACGCCGAUCGCCUACUCGACAUUGACCAUGCAGCGUAGGGCUGAUCUCUACCCACCGGACCAUCCUCAUCCAAACAUAUUUUCUCCUGAACGAUGGGAAGGCUGGCAGCCAAAGUCGUGGCAGUUUGUUCCCUUCAACGGUGGCCCGCGCAUUUGCAUUGGACAGCAAUUUGCCCUUACCGAGAUGGGAUAUGUUCUUGUGCGCCUUUUUCAGAAGUUCGAGCGUGUUGUCAGUCACAUGGACCCCAUUGACCACGGUAUCCCUACUCUCAAGGACAGCAUUGUGCUGAUGCCUGGCGACGGUGUCAAGGUAUCAUUUUAUGAGCCGGGUAACGUGUCUUUGUCCUAG